GAGUAGCAGCGUAGGAACUGCACAGAAUGUGUCGUGUUCAUAGUUUGUGAGCGGUUGAAAGUUCAUUGUGACAACAGUGGUUUAUUUGUUUGUGAUAAACGAAAACAUUAUUAUGCCUAGCUUAAUUAAGCUUCGGCUUAUAACAAUAAAAAUUAGCGCGAUAACAAUAUUUAUGGGAGCUGUUUAUCUAUCUUUAUUUUACAUUUUAUUGCACGCUUGGUUUUUACACAAACAUAAAACUAUGAAAAUGCGAACAUUGGGAGUUAAUUUAUCAAAAGUCGUCGUUCACAUUGAUUUAAAAGGAUCUCCGCCAAAACUAGCUUACCUUGAGUCAGUUCUUCCUCUGUUCAAGGAUCUUGGUGUUAACGCGUUAUUGAUGGAAUACGAAGAUAUGUUUCCUUACAAAGGAAAUAUUGCAAGUUUAAGUUCUAAUAUAUGCUACAAAGAACACGAGCUAAGACAGUUUAUCACAGCAGCUGGAAGAGCAGGUUUUGAAAUAAUUCCAUUGAUUCAAACAUUUGGCCAUUUGGAGCACGCACUGAAAUUAUCCGAAUUUAACCAUUUAAGAGAAGUGCUAUUAUAUCCCGAUUCCAUUUGUCCCAGUAAGAUAGAAAGUAUGACUUUAAUUAAAGACAUGUUAAAACAGAUUGUCCUGUUCCACAAUAGUAUUUAUCCACUUAAACAUUUACACAUAGGUUUCGAUGAGGUAUUCCAUAUGAACAAAUGUGCACAAUGCCGCCUUCGGAAUGAGACAGACCUAGACAUUUAUUUUAAUCAUCUACAAAAAGUAAAGUACAUUGUGAAGCUCUGGAGCCCCAACACGACAGUUUUAAUUUGGGAUGAUAUGCUGCGCGGUAUCAAAUUGAAUGAUUUUGAACAUAGGGAUUUAACCAAUACAGAGCCAGUGUACUGGGACUAUGCGCCCUUUUUACGCGUCUCACAUAACAACCUCUACAAGUAUCAUAAAAACUUUGAGAACAUCUGGAUAGCAUCAGCAUUCAAAGGAGCUGAAGGACGCACCGCUACUCUACCCAGUUUAAGAAAUCGUUUUAUAAAUCACGUGGAAUGGCUUAAAUUCAUUUUCCACUAUAAAUUUGGCGGUGAAAAUAAAAUAUACAAUUUUAAAGGAAUCAUUUUAACUGGUUGGUCAAGAUACAGCCAUAUGGAUCCCUUGUGUGAAAUACUUCCAGUCUCAAUUCCUAGUCUAGUGCUGAAUCUGUUAUUGAUCAAAUUUUUUCAAGAAGGUCAAAUUGAAAAUGCUUAUUUACUAGAAAGUUCAGAAAUUUUUAAUAGAUUCUUGAAGAACAAUGUCAAUAAACACUUACAAUGUGAGGACGAUAUUAGUUUAGAAAAUUUUGAAACUUCCUCAUGUACAUUUAACGGUCACCAAAUUUAUAGCAUAUUAGAACAAUAUAUUUUUCAAAACGAUGAAAUAUUAGACAAAUUCAAUGAUGUUAAAGAAGGGUUAUUUUCGUUAGAAUAUUACUAUAAACUUAAUCAUUUAAACAUGAAUACAAUACUGCCAGCAAUAAAGUGGUGUAACGAAAGUCUUCUGGAUUUAAUAGCAACAGAAAAUAAAAUAUUUAAUUUAAUGCUUCAGUAUUACGAUGUGCUCGUAGUUCAAGAAUAUGUAAAUUAUAAGUUUUACGACGGGAAAAAGAAACUCAUCGGCUUAUUGAAACUUUUAAAGCAUUAUUAUAUCAAUCACACGUGGUAUAGAAAUCCUCCUCAUCGGUAUAAAUUUCACAGCGGUUAGGUAUCUAACUAAAUUAAUAAAAACAAAUGAAAAGUUAUAUUUUAUGAAAAAAGAAUAUACCGUACUAUGACUAGAAAUAAAAUGAAAACUUAUUUAUAUUUCAUACACCUAUUUUGCAAAAUUUAUUAUACAUUCCAUUAAAUUUAUUACAAAUUACUAUAUAUAUAACGGGAAGACAACAAGCGUUGUACUCGUAUUUACAGCAAAUUCUCCCUAAUAUGUGGUAGGUCUAUGUCCGGCAACUUAAUGCUUACGUCUAGAUUGUAAGGAGUUUAUUUUCAGAAAAAUGUAUCAUAAUAUUUAAGUUUUAUUAUUCAAAAUAAAUGUUGACGAUGAGUGUGUUACACAAUAAGAGGGUGAAGUUCUGAUGAUAAUUGCAUCGUAUCUGUAAUGUGCAAUAUAUUCCAAACAUGUUUGCAUUCUAAUACAAUAUAUGAAAUUACUUGUUAAAAAAGCUUCUAAUAAUAUUAGUAAUUUAUUUAUACUCGACUGAUUUCUGUUGAUGUUUAAGCUUAAAGCCAUCUCCGUACUCUGUUAUUAUUCUACUACUAAACAUAAUAAGACAAGUGUACCGUCUUCAUUUUCUUAUAAUUAUAUAAAUUAAUUGAAAUUACGCUUUUCAUGUGUCUGCCUCUUUCAUUAACCCCAUUUAAUCACAGAACGUUUUUGUAUAAAUAAAAACAAAGGUGUUUAUUUUUAUUUUUAUUUAGAUAAAGCAUCAAGCGGUUAUGGUAUUAUUACUAUCCAAUCAUAUUUAAUUUAUAAGUAACAAUAUCACUUACAAUACGAAAAUAUUAUAAAGUUUUAGCACCUUACAUUUAGCAUUCGUUUUCUAUUAAUCAUGGAAAUUAAUAAUUCUUUACUUUUACCUAUUUUUACUUUCGAUGUCGUUAAUGUCGCUGCUUUUAUUAUUAUCUAUGGCUGAUAUCUCUGUUUUAGACUUAUGAAUGGGAGCUAUGAUUACUGGUGGUGGUGUUAUAGGAACUAAGCUACCAUCUUCCUCGGCAACUUUCAGGCCAAUAGUUGCCCCUAAUUUGGCACUGGCUUGCUUAAAAGUAUCAGAUAAUUUUACUUGAACUACGUUAAUGCACAUGGAAGUAAGUGCUAAACCAAAAAUUAAGUACAAAAUUGAUGCCAUCAUGAACAUUGGAUGAUCGGGGACAAGAUCUCCUAGACCAAUUGUAGACAUUGAUAUAAAGACAAAAUAAAAAGAUUCAAAGAAAUCCCACCUUUCCCAGAUAUUAAACGCAAGAGCUCCAAUAAUUAUAUAAAUAAUUAAAAUAACAAUAGCUACUGAAAUUGGUAAGUUAAAUUCAUCAUCUAUUUCAAACACUGACGGUGCUGGAGUAUCUGGUUCCGUUGCAUUUUCUAGGUCUGGUUUCAAUGUUCCAGGUUUCGGUGGUAAAGGAGGUGGUACAUCGUCGCUUAAUUUUCUAUCUAUAUCCUCUUCAGAAAAUAUUUGAGAGGGUCGCCGUACGACGUCGUAAACAAUAUUCAGUCCCUUCAUAACUUCCUGUAAUUAUGUAUUUUUUACAAUUUAGGAAACACAACACUGUUUAUCAAUUAUUACCUCCGUGUAUUGGCGGUGUAAGAAUGUUCACUACCUCAUAUCGUCUCUUGGGUGCUGUAACAGACAAGAGAGAGAAACACACCAGGAGACGGACAGCAGCGUCUUUGUGACAACAACUAAAAAAUAAUAAAUUGCGCUUACCAGCCCACCUGCAAAGCGUGGCGACUAUGGCAAAUAUCCCCCAUAUGAGAAAAAUUAUGUGGUAGGCCUAUGUACGGCAGUGGACUAUUGAUGGGCUGUAACGACAACUAUAUCUUAUUUUGGUAACAUGGAAAUGUGUAUAACUUUGGUAUAAUUAUUAUUACAGGAAUAGAUACAUUCAGAUUUGAAAUUAACAACUGCUUAACUUAUGAUUGUACGUGUAUAUAAACAGAAAGGCAAUAAUAUUUAUUAUAUUAAGGGCGGAUUUUUCAAAUCUCAGGUAAAAUUUACUCUUAGGAUAAACUAUAAUAUAAAGAGAUUAUAAAAAAUACAAUUGUAUAAGUAAAACAGUUUCACACUUUUAUAUUCAGUCAGGUUGUAAUUUACUUGACGGAUAAUUUUUAAUGUCGAUUGAAAAAUCAGCCCCAAAAUUUUAAUCAAUUUCUAAAACUUCAGUGUCAUGUCAAAUACAUACUUAACACUAUUAACUAUAGAUUUGAAAUAAUUCAAACAAUAUAAACUAAGUAUGUUUUUAAUAUUAUAGCAAUAUAAAUAAAUUUGUAAAACACACAAAUAUUUUUACUAAUUUGAAGCAUUUUAAGUUAAGCAUAUUUUAGCUCACCUGUACUGGAACCGUCCUUCGUACUUUCUUACAGCUUCUAGUGUAAUAAAAUCGCCUUAUAAAAGCCCAGAAAAAUUUUAUAAUUCGGGUAAACAAUUUUCCGAAGUCUGCUAGUACAAUCAGAAACAGUGGAAUCCCAAUUAUAGCAUAUACUAUUGUUGCUACACGACCAUACGUCGUCUUGGGCGCUAUGUGACCGUAACCUGUAAUUUGAAACAAUUAAAAUGCUUAUUUACUUGUUCUUUAUUCAAAUUAUAAUACCUGUUGAAAUGUUUUG